AGUGGUGUGCUGCAGUCCGCUUCCCCGCCGCUGUUAGUAGAGUAAACUACAUGGACAUUAGCGGGCGCAGCGGCACAACCACCGAGCCAGAGUGGAUUAAAACAGCGUGCGUGUGCGGAGAGCCACUCGACAGACGACCCGUAACCAGCUGAGAAACCCCGGUGUGUAAACAGCAAGUCUGUUCCACCAGUGUGCAGCCCUACAGCUCAGGAAAAAGGGGGCUCUCGGUGAACUCAGUAGUGCCCGUGCAUUGUGUGUCAGGCAGGCAGGGAGAGCUCGGCGGGAAUGGCUUCAUCUCCGUGCGGCAACAGUAACUUCGAUUCCGGUCUGGAAAUCAAAACUCGCUCGGUGGAGCAGACACUUAUUCCUUUGGUAUCGCAGAUCACCACUCUGAUCAACCAUAAAGACAAGCCAAAGAAGUCAGAGCGCACCUUGGCAGCCAUACACAGGGUGGGUCAGGCAGUGAGCGUGGCUGUGGGACGCUUUGUCGCUGUCGGGGAGGCCAUCGCCACAGAGAACCAAGAGCUGAAGGAUGAGAUGGGUCAAGCCUGCUUCGAGGCCCGCAGAGCAGGUGAUGCCAUAGCCCAGCUGACAGAUGUGGGAUCAGCAUUGCCGUCCCAGUCAGAUGCACGUGUCACAGUGUUCAGCGAUAGGACAGGGAUGGUGAAGGCUGCCCGCUUGCUCCUCUCCUCAGUCACUAAAGUCCUGGUCUUAGCUGACCGCAUCGUCAUCAAACAGAUAAUCACAUCACGCAACAAGGUCCUGGUUACCCUCGACCAUCUGGAACGAGUCAGCACCUUCCAGGAAUUUGUACAGAUUUUCAGCCAGUUUGGCAAUGAGAUGGUGGAGUUUGCCCACCUCACUGGAGACAGACAGAACGACUUGAAGGAUGAGAAGAAGAAAGCGCGGAUGGCAGCAGCCAGAGCAGUGCUGGAGAAAUGCACCAUGAUGCUCCUCACAGCCUCCAAGACUUGCCUGAGGCACCCAGAUUGCGAGUCGGCGCGGAUCAACAAAGACGCUGUGUUCCACCGAAUGCGCUGUGCCCUGGAGCAGGUCAUCGAGAUAGUCACCGAGGCGCGGAGCUGUGGGGAGAACAAGAGCCUUCCCGCCAGCAUCUACGACGGCAUCAGGGACUUCAAGUCCAGCGUCGAGUGCCUGCGGGAGAACCUGUACUUCUCGUCACCCCAGAGCGUGGGCAGCCAGCUGGAGGUGCUGGUGGAGCGGACGGAGGACUUCACCGAUUCGGCCUACACCAGCCACGAGCAGCGGCAGGCCAUCCUAGGCCUGUGCCAGCUGGCGCGCCAGGACACUCAGCAGCUGGUGCACGCCUGGGUUGAGGCGCAGUCUGCCCAUGCCAAAGAGGCCACAGAGGACAUGGAGGUAGCCAUCCUGAAGACAUGCCAGAGCGUCAACGACCUCAGACGUGAGCUCCAUAAGGUGGCAGUCGGUCGUGCCUCAGACUUGCUCAAAGUUCACGGGGAGCAGUUGCCUCUACGGGCUCUCAAAGCUGCAGGUGGCGAGGGGAACCUGGAGGCAGUGGCAGAGUAUUCACGCACGCUCACUGAGCAGAAGGAGCAGCUGGUGGAGACGUGUCGGCUGCUGUGCCAUGUGUCGGGGUCUGAGCCUCUGGAGAUUACCUGUAUACACGCUGAGGAGACUUUCCAUGUCAUUGGUCCACAGAUCAUCUCGGCAGCCCAGACGCUGGCCCUCCACCCGUCCAGUAAGAUCGCUAAGGAGAACCUGGAGGUGUUCUGUGAGGCCUGGGAGUCGCAGCUCUGUGACAUGGCCCUGCUGCUGAGAGAGAUCAAUGACGUCUUUGAAGGCAGGCGAGGAGACAAAAGACCUUAUUUGUCGCUUCCCAGACCUGGGAAACACUCACUCACUAAUUUGAAGACUGCCAAGGCUGUCAAGUUGGAUGCAGAGGAGCAGACAAGCAUGGCCAAGCUGGGUCUGGAGCUUCGUCUGCUGUCAUCAGACGUGGACACAGAGGUGGAGAAAUGGGAGGAGCAGGAACACGACAUCGUCCGACAGAGCCAGAGCCUGGCCAGUAUGGCCUACAACAUGCACCUGUUCACCAGAGGGGAGGGGCUGCUGAAAACAACACUAGAUCUUUUUCAUCAAGCAGAGGUUCUCUCUGAAGAGGGGCUCCAGCUGUGCUCAUCUCUCCGCACUUUUUCCACUCAGCUGGUUGAUGAGGAGAAGUCUUUGGUGGUGACAGAGACAGAGAAACUGAUGGCAUUAUGCCAACAGCUGCUGAUGGGGGCCAAGACUCCUGUACAGGGCAAGACUGCCACCUUCCAGAAGGUGGAUUCAUCCAUUCAGACAACAAGAGGAAUCUUGACCGUGGUCCUCUCCCUCCUGCCGUUCUGUAACAAGCUCAACAGAAAGUACAAGUCAGAGAGGAGUAGCCUGGGUUCCCCGCAGGACUGGAGAGAGCGACAGGAUGCAUCCACACCUGUCAAGGAAGAGGGAGCUCUCAACAGCAAGAGCAGCAACGGCUUCGGUGUCAAAUCUUUGGAGCAGCACAUGGCCGGUCUCAACCUCCUGGAGAGCAAAUAAUCCGGGAAAUAGUCAACUCCUUUGUCCACUGUUCUCCCUUGGAGCAGCACAUAGCCAAGCUCACCUUUCCUGGAGGACAUGCAGUCCAGGAAAUACUUCAUUCCCCUCAUUCUCAUGCACCCACCAGAGAGUGGCGAAGAGCCAGUUGGUGAAGAUGGUUGCCUGGGUCAGUCAGAGUUUGUAUUUGCUGUCUGGAUGAUGAAUUGUUUACAGAGGAAGAAGUAGAUCCAAGCUCUCUGUGCCCAGGGGCAGUUUUACCCCAGGGUAGCUCAUUACCUGAUGCACCAGUUCCACCCGAAUCCACGAGAUGGAGACAAUCAGCCAACACUAUGACUUUGCCAUUAGCAGUGAGCCUCUUUAAAGAUCGAGAGGGGCCCGACACAAACCUGAUUUCGGUGUCACUUUUAUCAUUUCUCUGGAUAUUGAUAAACUGAUCAGAAAUCAGGACAGAACUCCUCUUGAUGUUCAGCCAUACAUCUGUCUUCACUAUGUGCCUCUGUGUAAUAAGCCUAUUUGCUUUGUGGUGUACUGUAAACGUGUUGCACAUGUUAGCCAAAUGGGGGGGAAAAAAACAAAAUGGCUGAAAAACCCACCAUGCAUGAUGCCAUCGUCAACCAAACCUUUGUGUUUGUUUAUGGUCAAUGUGUCAUAGGUUUGUAACGUUAACACUUGUUCUGUAAUAUUAGCCAUAGUGGUACAUUCUGUCCUUGAUCACUGGCAUUGCAGUCAGACUCUUACUUUGAUAAACACGUACUUUAAAAGUCAACCACGCCAUAUGAUUAAUGUCUAAUUUCUAUACAGUUUGCUAUGGAAUGUCCCCCAUGUGCCAUGUCAGUAAAAAAAAUAAAUGCAAAAAUCAAUUUAAUGCCAAAUAUGAUUGUCCUCAUGAAGACAAAAGAUCUUCAGCUUGCUACUAUUAUGACAAAUAAAGCUUUUAGUAUUCCAGUGUGCAUCACUGGAGAUUUCUAUUUGGUCCUGGUUUCUCCAAAAGGUCAGAUGAUAAAGCUAAAGCCAAGAUGCUUUUGAGAUGCCAGGAGCUUACUUUAUACUGUCCUGAGCAUUAUUAGAUCAUAUUCUGCAUAUAUUGUUAUACUUUUGUUUUUCUCAAAAAAGAAAUGAAAGAUAAUUCUGAGUUGGCACGUGUGUUAAAUGGAGCCUUGAAGUGUACUUGUUAUGAAGACUAUCAUUGUGAAGCUGCCUAGUAGGCCAGUAUGUAUUAAAUGGUAUAUGGUAUGUAUAAUAUGGUACUUGAAGCAUAGAUAUAUAUAUUAUUAUAUAUAUAUAUAUGUACACACAGUAAGUAUCCUAAGGUAAUGACU